CGAAAAUGAUCAAUAAAUGAAUUUCGCGUUAAACACUUAAUGUCAUACGAAAGAUACGAGAAGGUGCUUUGAACUAGGUCGUGAUAAAUUCUCUUAUGACGGUUCUUCGAUAGGAGCUCAAGUCAUCCAUCGCAGCUCGUGUCCAUUUCAGCGAAGGAAUUUUCCAAAAAAUUGAUUGUUUGUGAUUCAAGUGUUGUGCAAAUUUGAUAAGAAGUGUGCAAUCAUAUUGUGUUGUUCAAGAUUCCAGUGUGUUGAGUUCGUAUUAUCUGUGACAAGUGGAAAUAAACCAGUUUUUUGAAAGUUGACUUACUUUCCUCGAAGAACCAAGCAAAAAGUGCAUUGAAAAAAUCAAUUUAGAACAAUUUGACUACCAUUGUUUGGAAACUAAAACCUCGGGAAAUAGAUAAAUCAACCUAGUAUGGCCGCCGGAGAUCCAAAAUGGCAAAAGGAUGCGUCCGAUCAGAACUUCGACUACAUGUUCAAACUGCUCAUCAUCGGUAAUUCCAGUGUGGGUAAAACGAGUUUUCUGUUCCGAUACGCAGAUGAUUCGUUCACAUCUGCCUUCGUUUCUACGGUUGGAAUUGAUUUCAAGGUGAAAACGGUGUUUCGACACGAUAAAAGGGUUAAGCUUCAAAUUUGGGACACUGCUGGUCAAGAGCGAUAUCGAACAAUCACCACUGCAUAUUAUCGAGGUGCCAUGGGAUUUAUUCUAAUGUAUGAUAUUACAAACGAAGAGAGCUUCAAUUCUGUACAGGAUUGGGUGACGCAAAUCAAAACAUACUCCUGGGACAACGCACAAGUCAUUCUUGUUGGUAACAAGUGCGAUAUGGAAGAUGAGCGUGUAAUAUCGUUUGAACGUGGCAAACAAUUGGCUGACCAACUUGGAGUUGAAUUUUUUGAGACGUCCGCUAAGGAAAAUGUGAACGUUAAGAAUGUAUUUGAAAGACUAGUGGAUAUUAUCUGCGAUAAAAUGUCGGAGAGCUUAGAUUCCGAUCCAACACUUGUAGCAGGGGGUCCCAAAGGACAACGGCUAACAGAUCAGCCACAAGGCCCACCAAAUGCCAACUGCAACUGCUAAAAAUCACUUUGUAGCGUUCAACCAGCACCGAGUCGAAUAAAGAAGCAUACGAUAAUAUUGCUACUUAGGAUAUCCACCCUCUCUACCGCUGACAGUCAACCAGAAAACAGAAACAUUUAACUAUGUACGUAGUACAUUGCAGAAAUUGGAAGCAUUUUGGAUUGGAAGAAUUGUUCAUAUCGUAAAGCAUAAUAGCUUUGUCUUUUUGUUGCUCUGAAAUUUGUUGGAAGAUAUUCAAAACCGUUUCAUUAUGGGAUAGGCAAAUAAGGUUCGACAAUUUGAUAUUCAACAUCGUACCAGGUGAUCUGGAGUUCUAUAAGAAUGGUUGACUAUUUUGUCCGGAGAAGAAUGUCUAGAAACAUUAUUGUAAAAACUGAUGCUGUCAGUAAAAUGAAUUAAUCAAUUCAAUGUAGCAAAACGGAAAAUUUUGUUAGUAGAAGAGCACUCAUUUACAAACACCGUUCGAAUAUCUAGGUAUGUUGUUCUAGUGUAGACAAUAAACAUAAGCGAAAGUUGUGGACGUUUUGUGGACAGAAGUGCAAUAAUUUGGAUCACAUAAGAUUUUUGUUGCAGCUACUGACACAAGAAACCAGUAUUAAAUAUAACGAAAAUAAACCGAAAUGCGAUACAAUCAUCUUUUUUCUUCAACAUGAUUUAAGCUAACGAAAUAUGAAAGCGUUGAAAGCUAAACUUAUCAGCAAGGUGGUUUCCUUUUAUUUUUUAAUGAUACGCAGUCAAUUGGUUAGUAGAAAAACGAUAUAAAAAGCAGCAUUCCUUGAAUACAAUAAACCUCACCAACCAUGAGUUGAGUUGAUCGAAUUCGAAGGACACGAACUACAAAAAUAAAGAUCCUCCCAAAACUAAAGAAUGAUGUAAAUAAUUUCCUUCAUCGCAGCAUUCAUCAUGAUGAGCGUACAGUUACUUUUGAUUACGUUUUAGAACCUCUCGAAGGUGGAUGUUUUGAGUAAUCUGCAUAAAAUGAAAUAAAACUAAGUACAUCGACGGAUUCGCCAAAGAUAAAAAUACACAUGCACGAUCAUAUUUCAGUAAAACAUUUAUUUUUAGUUGAAUUUUGAAAACUACUGUUCAACAAGGAUACAUAAAUGGUAUUAGCUAAAACGAAUUACAACAAAUGAACGAUGUUAUCAAUGUUUCCAUCAUUCCCAUGCAUGUGUUUUAUUGUGUAAUGGAGUUGAAAUUGAAAAGAUUAAUCUACAAAAAACUAAAUCGAAAUUAUCUGCAUGUGCCUACGAUAGCUGAGAGAUGUUCUCCGAUAAACUGAUUUCACUUUGACCAUCCUUUGUCCGAGCAGGAAUAAAUCGGUUUUGAGACUUUCUCUGUUGUUGUUAGUGCUUCUUCAUCCAAAGCAUGUCGAGUAAGCCACGCUCCAUUGGUUUCGAACCGAAAAUGAAAGACAGCAAGCCUAGUAGAAAGGUUCCAAUUACAUUAAUCUUGGAAUGAAUCGAAUGAGUUUUUACUGCUAUAAGUCGCACAGAAUAACCGCUUCAUCAUAAUUUAAAUGCUUUCUCAUUUAUGUUUUGUUUUCAUCGCUACCUGCGUUUUAAAACAGGAUCCAUUCAGGAUACAUUUCAUUUGUUGCUCAUCAUAAUUGCACUGUAAAAGAUUUAGAACGUAUAUUAUAAAUUAGUUCUGGGAAAUACACAAAAGAGCGGGAAAUAUUUUGUACAGGAUUAAUUCUAACACAAAUUUAUUCAAUAAAUACAUUAUUUUUCGAAAAAAUCCCUUGAAGUAAAUUUGAAUCUAAUAUGUACACUAACAACUAAUUUGCCCAUAACUUAAUCAAUGAAAGAAAACAAUUAACGUAUAAACGUACUACAAAACAAAACAAAACUAAAGUAAUUAUCAUUAUUGUU